AUGAGCAUCUUCGUUACCGGUCCCAAAAUUGGAGCAGCACUCGUUGCAGCCGUCUGGAUAUGGAAGCGAGUGAUGUUGUACAUGCACCGCCGCAAAAUCAAACGGGAUUCCGGAUGUCUUCCUCCUGCAAAAUACCCAGACUGGGAUCCGUUCUUCGGCCUCGGAUUCACUUACGAAAUGGUGAAAAAUGACAUAGCAGGCUUUCAACUCAUGAAGAAUACUCCAGACCGGCACGAAAAAUACGGGAAUACCUUUACGGCAAAAGCCAUGGGGUUCGACUUUGUUUGGACAUGCGACCCCGAAAACAUCAAAGCCAUCCUGUCCACCCAGUUUGGUGAAUUCAACAACGAGGGCCGUUCCAUAGGUGCCGAGGACUUUUUGGGCAAGGGGAUUUUCUUGUCGGACGGCGAGCAUUGGCAAAGAUCGCGAGCAUUAGUCCGGCCCAAUUUUGCUCGGGACCAGAUCACCGACCUUGUGUCUGUGGGGGAGCGCUUCGAAGCAUUCGUCUCGCUGCUCCCAAAAGAUGGUUCGACCGUUGACCUUCUCCCCUUUAUGUUUGAUUUCACCAUGGAUACCUCGACCCAUUUUCUGUUUGGGGACUCUGUGAGAUCUCUCGAGGCUCACGCCCACGAGAGAUCCAAAGGUCUCUCCAACGGGGAGAGCUUGGAUGACUUCUCCGCCGCCUGGGACUAUGCACAAAACGACAUGCUGACCGGCUUCAUCCUCGGCCCGCUCCGCCACGUCUACAAGGAAAAGAAGGCCGCGCGCUGCAUCAAGAUGGUGCAGGAUCACGUCGACAAGUACGUGGACGAGGCGAUACGGUACAACAGCUGGGUGCGUGCCGCGGGCGGCGACGAGAAGCAGCCGGAAGACCGCUACAUAUUCCUCUACGCGCUGGCGAAAAAGACUCAAGACCGAAGGAUGCUGCGGAACGAGCUGCUAAACAUUCUUUUGGCCGGCCGAGACACCACGGCUUCGCUACUGACUAAUAUGCUGUACACGCUGGCAAGACGACCGGACAUAUGGGCAAAGCUGAAGAAUGAGGUUUUAUAUCUCGAGGGAAGGAUACCGACGUAUGAGGACCUUCGCAAUAUGAAGUAUUUGAGGUGGUGUAUCAACGAAUCCCUACGUCUCCAUCCUGUACUCUCCCUAUCAGGCAAACAAGCAUCCCUAGACACUACUCUGCCUUGCGGUGGCGGGCCGGACGGCAAGUCUCCCGUAUUCGUCCCAAAGGGGGCGUUUGUGGUGUACAGCCUGCUCGCGCUGCACCGACGCAAGGACCUCUUUGGGGAGGACGCGCACGAGUUCAAGCCCGAGAGGUGGGAGACGCUGCGCCCGGGCUGGAACUACAUCCCCUUCAACGGCGGGCCGAGGAUCUGCGUCGGCCAGCAGUACGCCCUGACCGAGACGCAGUACUUCUUGACCCGCUUCCUGCAGACCUUUGCGGCCAUCGAGAACCGCGACACCGAGCCCUGGAGCAUGGGGGCUAGAUUGACCUUGACUCCGAAGAAUGGCGUGCUGGUUUCUCUAGUUAAGGAGGAGGGACUGCUUUAG